AUGGCCUCUGCAACCCAGCUACCGGUAGCGGCAGCCGAGGGCUUCAAGGACGCAAACGCCUAUGAUGCCUACCGGCCAUCGUACCCUGCCGACGCUGUCGAAAAGUUCUUUGAUGGAAUGAAGCUCAAGGGCACCUCAGAUGCCAGAGUCGUCGAAAUUGCUUCGGGAACAGGCAAGUUUACCGAGCUGCUUGCCAACCAGCCGGAGCGAUUUCUGGUCAAGGCUAUCGAGCCCCAUGAGACCAUGAGGCAGAAACUGGCUGAAAAGGACUUGCCCGCCGUUGAAGUCAUCAAUGGCUCGGCCAGCAAGAUGCCUGUGGAAAAUGAAUGGGGUGAUGCCUGCAUUGCGGCUCAGGCAUUCCAUUGGUUUGCUACACCCGAGGCAUUGAGCGAGAUACACCGCGUACUGAAACCAGGAGCGGUUUUUGGAAUGAUUUGGAACAUUGACAAUUACAACAACCCAAAGGGUUGGGAGGCUUCGACCAAGUGGGAACAAAAGUUGAAUGACUUUGUCUGGUCUCUUGAUGACGGCCACUCGAGGUUUAGGCACAUGAAAUGGAAGGAGGUCUUUGAAAAGCAGGCUCCCGGUAAUCCCUUUCAAGUUGUCAAGGACACUUUUCUGGAUCAUCUCCCCAAGUUUUCACUGCCUCUCGGCGAGGAUUCGGUCAAGUGGACAGUCUGGUUAAGCGAAGACGCCUUGUGGGCACGCAUCAGUACACUCAGCCAGAUCGCCAUACUCAAGGGCGAGGAGCGGGAGAAUGCGAUCAAGGUUUUCAAGGAGGCGCUUGCUAGUGAUGAUGUCGAGAGGAAUGAAAAGGGCGAGAUUGCUGCUCACGGUGUGACCUAUUUUGCAUGGACGGACAGAAUCUAG